AUGGUGCUACCUACUGGUACACCCCCUCUAUUACUCGGUCAAAGUCCUCUCCUGGACCACAAGGAUCAAGUCCAGCCUAUCAUUGAGCAAAUUGUUAGGAACUUGAAGUAUAAUUCUCAGGACGUAUAUGUCCAGCAAUUCUAUAUUGAACCAUCAAGUUUCCCUGAGUUUGUGGACAAGCUCAGAGAAAGUGACUACAGCACUCUAAGAUAUAUGUAUGACCAUGUGAAAGGCAUCUUGCAACUGAGCAUGCCUACUCCUGUACAUGAAGUUUUCAUCGAGCGCCUCAGUGACCUUUUACAGGGGGAACUAUCAGGCCUUAUCAGACGGCCAGAUGGGAAGUUCAAGUGUAACCCCAAUACAUCCAAGUUCCUUCGGCGAGGUCAAAUCACCACUGUACCCGACUUAGCCCUCAGGUUCCAAAGCCUCAACCCUAGCACUGAGUGGCAGGACUUGUUCAUUGUCAAGGUCUCCCACUCCCAGUCACUUGGGGACAUCACCCAGAAGGUGAAAAAGUACUGGGAGGAGCUCCCCCACCUUGUUGGCAUUCUAGUGGUCAAAUUCUACGAGUCCCACAAAUACGCAAAGCCCCAAUAUGGGUACGCUGAACCCGUCAACAUGCAGUAUUGGUACAACUUACAAAAGGAUGACAAUAUCAAAUAUGGCCCUCUGAGGACAGCUGACAGCGUAACAUGGGCAGGUAGAUUUGUGGUGGAUAUGUACCUGUAUGAAAAGGACCCAAAGGUUGUAGGGAAGGAGGGCUACGCACGGGAUCUUCCUAUGCCCGUAGUACUGAUGUGGGCCAACUCUAUCCCACUCAAGGACAAAUUCAAUGAAGUUUUCAAUCAUGUUAUUACCAGGUCAAUUUUGGAGAUGGAGAAGAUUAUGAGGAGUGCGCCCCAGACUGUUGCUAACCUAGAAGCUGAAAGUGCAGCUGCUCAGAUGGCAGCGCUAGAGGUUGCUACCCAGGAUUUGAUAGCAAACCACACUGGUUGUCCUCUUCAGAGUGGUACCCAUUCACGCAUGCCCACCACUACUCUACCUACUCCCCAUUUGCACCCCCAACUAAUCUGGCACAUAGACGUUUUCAGGAUCACAAUAAAGCCCCCCGAAGUUGUGGUAAGGCAGCUAGGAGAAGGAGUCCUUUUCACUCUGAAGAAGAAGUGGUUUAGGUUCAAGGAGAAAAUGGCACACAUACCAAGUAUGGUUGAUCACACAUAUCCUGCAUGUGGAAAACUUUUGAAAACACCACAAGGUAUCAUGGCUCACCUAUCAAUGUCAGCGAUUUGUGCUUGGUAUAGGAAAGGAAAGAGAAGAGAACUUGAGGCAGACAACCUAGGCCCUGAACAAGUAGUAUUUGAUGAAGUCAACUUGGAUGAAAAUUUUUAUGACCAAGAAGACUAUGACUCAGAUGGGUCAGAAGAUAUAUUCCUCAACAGCUUACAAGAACCAUUUAACAAUUUCCUGAAUGAUCCUGCAAUGCAAGGCAACAUCCAGUAUAACUUGAACCCUGACCCAGAGAUGCAGGCUAGCAGUUCAUGUCACCCCCACUCCCUGCACUUUAAUCUGGAUAACAAUGAUGACAAUGAUGAAAGAGUAGUGGAACAAAAUGAGAAUGCUGGCAAGGUUAUAAGGGUGGAUCUGGAUGCUCAUAAUAAAUGGAGGGAGAGUUUUCACCAGUUACAUCAAGAUGACGAUGAAAUGGACGUUGAUCUUCCAGAUAAUAGAUGGGCUCCAUUUUCCACAGAAUUAGACUGGAAAUUUGCACAUUGGGCAUUGCAGGAGGGGGUUGGCCAGAAAUCUCUUGACAGAUUACUGGCAAUUCCUGAAGCUCUUCUACCUCAGGGAGCACAUCUUACACUAGGCAAUAUACCCAGCUCUAUUAGGCACAAACCCUCUCAGCACGCUUGUGUACUUAUUGGAUAUCUGUCUGUCAAUAAAUUGGUGAAAAAAAGCUUGACAACAAAGGAGAAGAUAAGUGCAGCAUCUUUCACUCAGUAG